CGUACGAUUGUGCAGCAGGAACAACGUGUUGUGCGUCGCAGACAUCGCCAGUCGUAGACGGACGAUCGGAUCGGACACUCAUGGGGGGCAAACAAAGUCGCCUCGAGCGAGAGCAGAAGCAUCAACUACGGAAGCAAAAGAAAGAGAAACGAGUAUCGAAAGGUGCGGUAGAGGGCGAGAAGGUAGCUGCUGGCGGCAGCAGUACCGUCAGUGGACAGAGUGAGAAUUUACAACGUUUGGUAACGGCUAAGCACCAGCACCUGGUGCAGUUAAGCGCGGGCGACCACAGUGCGCCCGAUGUUGCUCCGAUUGAGUCGGCGCUGAACGUAACAGAACGUGACACCGAACGUGUGGGACGUGCCGAGUGUAGUAACGGCCCGGUGGGGGACGGUGAAGAAGACGGCACUAAAAGCUCCGUUACCAUUACGAUUUGCAUGCUGAAAAUGGAACCAAAUGCGGCCGGUACGGAGGCAGAGCAUAUUACACCGACGUUGGCUGAGGAGGAGAAUGUAGGUGUUGGAGGUGAACCUGCGGUGGAAGACAUCGUUAUUGCAGACGACUUACUUUCUCGACGACCGCAGUGUGUAUGUCUGGAGAAUGGCAAUUUUGGAGCAUGCACGGACGGCGCGUGUAGUUGCACCACAGGUUCGAUCGACAAUCGGUUGAACAAUAACGAACACUUGGAGCCUACACCGACAGCGACACCGUCCGCAUCGACAGACAACGCAAACACAAUGCCAUCUUCCAAUGUUCCAUGCCCAAGUGUGGUAACAACAGCAGCGACGACGGCAACACCACAGCCAGCACUAUCGUUUAUGAUCGGUGGACACGAUCCUGCCACGAUCAGUCAUCUGUUGCAUCGGUUGCGACACCUGCACCAUCACCAUCACCAUCAUCUGCACCACCAUCACCAUCAUCAUCUGAUGCAUCUGCAUCACCAUCUGCACCAUCACCAUCCCGUGACGGGCGGUGGCGGCAGUAUCGCCGAUUUGCCGUCAGAUAUGGUAGCUCCCAGCAAUAGCACAAUCGACUGGAGACAGCAUCAGUGGAUCCCUGCUGGGAUGAUGGUUGGUUCUAGCAAUGGUGCAGCAGUACGCCCUGCCACAGAUAUCCCUACCGCUGGUGGAGGAUCUGCUGUGGGACCGGGCACGAUCGCACCUACCGCCAGCCAACUUUUCAUGGACAUCGAUAUCGAUCUGAAGGAUAAGCUGGAGGGCUUGAAGUUGGGCCCGGUCGCUGCCGUCGCUGCUACAGCGGGCCAGCGCAGUAGCAACAAUAAUGUGACGGAGGAAAGCGGAGAACAUCCGUACAGUGUCGGUGAAUGUCCGACGUGCUGUGCCAUGGCAAUGGCUGCCAAUGCAACGGGUUCGUUGGGUGGGCUGCUCGGCAAUAGUAACGGUGGUGGAUCCGGAGUGGCAGGUUCCGUUGCGAAUGGUGCGAACAUCUACAAUGGCAAUGCAGGCGAGGUGGAGGAGAAGAUUCUCAACACAAGUAACCAACCGGUGGUAACACCUUCGGUGGCAACCGGUGGCGAAAAUGUGCCAGAACCGGCUGCUGUGGCGGUGACUUCACUAGCGACAGCGGAUAACGGCACGACUGUCUCCCAUGCGACGAAUGAUCAGAUUUCAACAGAGCCGGACAACACUCAAGCUGGAUCAUCUUCGGUGGCAACUUCAUCUGCCGUCGGUGGUAGUACUGGUACGGCACCCAUCAGCAGUGGGAAGGAUGAUGCUGAACGGACCGUAGCGUUGGAGGACAAUUCCUCGAAACCGACAACAACAGCACCAGCAGCAGCAGAAACUCCGACCAGCAGUAGCAGUAACGCGGCAUCGCCGAGCACAGCAAACACGACCAGUGAUAGUCCAACAGCAACCACGGUCACGGUUGGUAGUGUUACUCCUACUGUUGCUGCCGUGUCAUCGUCGUCGUCGUCGUCGUCGUCGUCCACCAAAACAACCGCGACGACAGCAUCGUGUUGCAACCGGAAGUCAUCGUCUUCCGCCGCAUCCACACUGUUCGGUUCCUUAUCGUUCGCUGGCCGUCGAUCGCGCUCGUCAAACGCACGGACCGGUAGUUGCUGUGCUAAUACCAUCACAACAGCAGUUGAAGGUGCGUCCUCACCGGAGCAACAACAGAGGUCCCGAAUUUCUUGGAUACCGGGCAGUGGACACAAGCAGCAACGUAAUAGUAACGGUUCGAAAAAUGUGCGCUCCAGUGACACACCAACGUCCGGUGGCAAAGCGAAAAAAUCCAACUGGCCCUUCUCGCUAAAGUCGUCCUCCGGCAGUGGGUCUUCACAAUCGCGCACCAACGGCACAGUGGCAGGUGUUCACAAGCAGACGACCAAAGCAUCACCAGUGACGGGAACGUUAGCAGCAGCUACAGCAGGAGCGUCUACGAGCGGCGGUUGCACGUCACCGAGCACUGCGGGCAUGUCGAUGGACAUGAGCAACAGUAUUGUGUCGGCGGCCGUAGGAAGUGGGUCAACGCUUCGCGGCAGCUCGCUGAUAACUUCGGCGAAACUUUUAAAAGGUGAAACGGAUAAGGAUGACUCGUGCGUUUGUACGGCUUACCGGAAGGUGAGCGAAUCGCCUCCACCACCAUCGUCACCCGUACCGACGUCUGUACCAGCAGCAGGACCAUCCCGAGUUGCUAGUCCCAGACCAACCGAAUCGGUCGAAUGGUUGGAGGAAGCUAUACAAGGAUCUGGGCUGCUACCACUCAAUCUCCAUAUGCUAAGUUCGCUCCGAUCCGGUAACGCUGGCAGCACAGCAGCAUCUGCACAAUCGAUUGCUGGUGGUGUACCGGCGCCGAUGAUAUCACUCAGCCCAGAGCCAAUUCCUGGUUCGAUGCUGUCGAACCACCACCAUCAUCAUCAUCAUGCGAUGGCUGCCGCCCUUGUUGCGGAUCAUCAUCCAUCGUUCUUCUUCUCGACCGCGGCCGGUACCUCGAAUCAUCAUCACGGAUCAAACGGAUCAGGUGUUGGUGGAACAGCAGCAGCGGCAGGUGCGCUGUUCGGUGCGCUACCGCUCGGAUCGAACCAUUCUCCCGCCAACGAUGUGAUACUGCUAUCGGAUUCGCCCGUUCUGUUUGAUCUCACCAGCGAUGAUUUCUCGGUAGAGGAUUGCGAUGAACGGGCCCGCAUCCAGCGAGAGCUAGAAAUUCGCGAAGGUGUAGACGCACCACCCAACUUCCACCCGCGACGCCUAAUGUCCGGCGGUACAAUUGCGUCCGGACCGGCCGCAAACCAUCCGAUCGCGUUCAUCUAUUCGCGUGACCUAAUGCAACGCGGGCUGCUGAUGGCGAACAAGCUCAUACAGCCGCUGGAUGCGGCCGGUGCCUGUGCUGCGGGUCGGGCCGGAUUCGGACGGUUGCGUAUCCAUUCGCAGGUCGAUUUCAUCCACUGUUUGGUGCCGGAUUUACAGAAAAUUACCAGCUGCAGUUUUUACUGGGGCAAAAUGGAUCGGUACGAGGCGGAACGAUUGCUGGAAGGUAAGCCGGAGGGUACGUUCCUGUUGCGCGAUUCGGCCCAGGAGGAGUUCCUGUUUUCGGUAUCGUUCCGGAAGUACAAUCGGUCGUUACACGCUCGGAUAGAGCAGUUUAAUCACAAGUUUAGCUUCGACUCACGCGAUCCGGGUGUGUUUACGGCCUCGACCGUAACGGGACUGCUGGAACACUACAAGGAUCCAUCCUGUGUGAUGUUCUUCGAACCGAUGCUAACGUUCCCGCUGAAUCGUAACUUUAGCUUCAGCCUGCAGCAACUCUGCCGGGCCGUAAUUGUGAGCAAUACGACGUACGACGGGAUUAAUGAGCUAACGCUACCAAAGUCUCUGAAGUCAUAUCUGAAGGAGUACCACUACCGGCAGCGGGUCCGGUUUCGGCCCAUGGAUGAGCAUCUCUACUCCAACGCGUAGCUGCUCGACGGUGACGUUUACGAUCUGGAUGAUGAUGAUGAGGAUGAUGAGGAAGUUG